AUGGCUUCUCCAGCCCGACUCGACAUGUUAUCCUCCUCAUCGCGCCACCAACCUGGGCCAUCGCGUCUUUCACCCAUUACCCCCGUUACAGGCAUUGUUUAUCCUUCUGCCGACGAAACAGAGAAUGUUUCUCAGUCCAGCACGCGACCUCAGACUUUGAGGCGGACAUCCAAGCUGCUUCCCCAACCCAAGAAAUCGAUUGAUGCGGCAGACGACCACGUUGCUCUCGAUGACUUGUGGAGUGCUUUGCGUCGACAAAAAGAGCUCAAGAUGGAGAAGGAGAAGGCAAAAGUACGCUCACUGGAGGAUCACCGACCGACCAUUAAUGGGAGUGGCGAUACAUCGUCACCCUCACCACAACCAACGUCCAGUCUGAAGAUCAGGAAAACCACACAACGAACUUCGCCGCCGCCACCACCCACAGCCGCACCUUCCCUAGCCAACGAGCGACGUUGGCUAAUUGAAGAUUUCUCUGAGAAAGAUUCGUUCUUUCCCAACGCUCCCGAUCCAAAGACUACAACCCCAUCGCCACCGCCACCGCCACCGCAUGUACCAACACCUCCAUCCAGCGGGCUCAAAAAGAAGAAAUCGAUAUUAUCGUUCCAGGUUCUGAAGGAAAAGAAUUCCGUGGUGGCCAUCUUCGAUCUCAAACUCAUGGACAAGGAGGCAGUCAGAAUAUCGCACAACUUGGAGCAGAAUGAAAUCACGGUCAGUUGGGAAGUCUGUGAGAAGGAAACGUGGACAGAGGACGACUGCAUCGUUCACCAGACAAUGGAACGGUUGUACUAUCGCGUUAUCGAGCUCGCCGACGGCGUUGAGUCCAGAGAAAUCUACGCAGCAAUGAAGAAUGGCGAUUUGUUACUGCGACUACUUGCUCACCCAUACGUAUUUGUUGAAAGCAUACUUACCCACCUUGUUGUACUUAUCAUUAUCAUUUUGGAUGCCUCAUUGAAACUGCGCCCUUUAUUUCCCAUUCAAGUUCGGAUCACGUUGCGGGAUGUUGGCCGCGCCGAGGACGCGCCUUAUCAACACCUUGUCUCUUACCACCACCCUUCACGCGUCAUGUCCUCCUCUCAACCUUGGGACGACGCUCAAGCGACUGUUGAAGACCCACUUGUUGCUGUUUUCCCAUCUCCCACUCGCUCUCGCCAUGCUCUCUCUCCACAUUCCUUCAAUAUGCCACCAGACUCUCCCAGCGCUAGCGAACAUGCACCUCUAAUCGACCGACCCCAGCUCAAGAAGAAGCCAUUUUACAGGCCGAGGCCAUUAUGGUUAGUACCAUUCGCAUGCACAAGCGCAUUGGUGCGAGGCAUGACGCUUGCGCCACGGGUGGAAGUCUUUUCCCAACUAAGUUGCUCGCGUUUACACCACCAUUUCAAUCACACCGAGUCUGCGUCACUUGUUCCUCCACAUGCACAACUCUAUUCCUCCCUUGACCCUCUUGGCCCGCAAUUUAACCCGGACCCGACUGAACUCUGGGUUAUUGUCGAACCUCAGCCAGGCGAAGACAAAGACAGACCGUGGGGAGACGACGAAACAGAGGAUGACCCUAGAAGGGUUCCUUCAGCCCGAUGCAUGUCUGACGCAGCUGUCCAAGCUGAUGCAGCGCGUCUUCAGACUAUAUUCACGACCACAAUGGGCCUUCUCAGCGCAUUAACCACCGGCUGGUGGGGUCGCUUCGGUGAACGGCAUGGACGCACGAUGGUUCUGAGCUUCUCGGUAUUCGGGCUUUUGCUGACGGACCUCAUCUUCAUUAUUUCGUCCACUCCAUCAUCUCCCUUCUCCGCACACGGUCAUAAGUUGCUUCUAGUGGCGCCAGUGAUAGAAGGCGCGCUUGGAGGCUGGUCAACGCUCCAGUCAGCCAUUUCAGCCUACAUUUCAGAUUGCACUUCAAACAGCAGUCGUGCUGGAGUGUUUUCGCGAUUUUCUGGAGUGCAAUUCAUAGGCAUUGGGGUCGGCCCAAUUCUCGGUGGAUGGCUUAUCCGUCAUCCUAUUCCAUGGCUCACUUCCUUGCCACAUCCCGGCCAGCCUCAAGUCGCCACUGUGACCUCUGUCUUCUGGGUCGCCGUGGCACUUCAGAUCCUCAACUUGCUCGUUGUGCUUCUCAUCGUCCCGGAGUCUGUCCACAAAGAUAACGGAAAGGGCAAGGCUCGCGAUAUUUCUGAUGGAGAAUCUACUUCAGAUGACACUGCUACCAAGGCCCCAGUGUCACGCGGAGUUUUCAGCGACUUUUUCAGUCCGCUGGCUAUCUUUUUGCCUGUGCCAUUACUCGUUGACGGCACCGUUCGUCAGCGGAAAGACUACAGUCUAACCUUUCUGGCUUGUGCCUUGUUUGCGUACAUGCUGUCUGCCGGCCUCUAUCAAAUUAAGUACCUCUACGCGGGCCAUGUCUAUGGGUGGGGUGCCGAGCAGCUCUCCUACUAUAUUUCGCUCCUGGGAUCCACCAGAGCAAUUUACUUGCUAUUCAUUCUUCCUUCCAUUAUCACCGCGUUAAAGCCCAAGCCGAAAGUUCCCAAGGAUAAGGCGACAAAGCCGAAGCCCACCAAGGCCCAUCUUGCACGCGAGAUCAACUUUGACCUCAAUUUGAGCCGCAUUUCGCUGUGCAUCGAGAUUGUGGCGCUUCUGGCUGUUGCCUGCAGCCCCACUCCGCUCUACCAAGUCCACUCAUUAUAUAUGAACGACGUCAGCGCUGACUCGAAGAAAUCGACCUUCCAGCAUUCACAAUCGCUUUUUGUCUUUGCCAGCUGGCUGCAGUGCAUGGGUUCUGGCGCUGUCCCUGCUAUCCAGAGCCUGGCGCUGUGUGUACUACAGGCCCGCUCGCUGGUGUCGCCCGAUGCGGCCGAGGUUGAUGCACGUGCCGGCACCCUUUUUGGAGCCCUCGCAGUCCUCCAGGCGAGCGGUCAGAUGGUGCUUGGACCCUUGUUCUUUGGCUUGGUCUACAGUGGCACCGUCGCCGCAUGUCCCAAGACAGUCUUUGUCACCGCGGUUGCCAUUUUAUUCGCCGCACUUGUUGCCCUUCUGCUUGUUCGCAACCCGCUUUCAGAAUCGAGGGCCCGGUCUUUGAGCAAGAUCAGUGCACGACGGCAACGGCGAAUCAGUUGGGAAGAGGAACAUCGAGGCAGGUCGAGGAUUAGUAAGGAUUUGCGGGGGUAUGGGAGCACGAUUCAGACUGCCCCACAGGCGUCUUCGAGCAAGACAGCGUCAGUAUAG